AUGAUAGCUAUAGAACUCUAUACGAUCGCGCUCGAGCGGUCCACGCGACUAGAUCUGCCAAUAGAGCAUAACGAGGUUCCGCACUGUAUGGCACGGCUAUUAGAUACAGACCGCGCAGCCUGCGAAGGAUGGCUCCAGGAGAUGAACUUCCUCCGCCUAGGGGAGGCAGAGGACGAUGAAGUCUGGGAAAGGAUUAAGAGAAACUGGAUCGGAUACCUAUCGGCGACGAGCCCCACGCCGGAUGCAGCGCUGGCACCGAACCGCAAGGUUGUGCAGUUCAGGAGUGGCGGCGAGGAUGAGGACGAGGAUGAGGAUGCGAGAGAGCAGAGACGGAGCCUGGUGGGGUUUAUCGCUUAUUCGCAAGACGAGGGCACGCUAGAGGAGAUGGGUAUGCGGUUGACGGAGAGCCAGAUCGAUGACAUCCUAGAUAUCGAGCAAGAGGUCUGGCAGGUGGACCUCAAGGUGAUAGCGCGGAGGCGGGAAAAGGGAGGAUUCGAGGGCGUCUGGGGACGCAUCCAGCUGCUGCUUAUGAAGGCGUUGAGGAAGGCCAAGUCGACGCCGCGGAACAACCCGCUCAUGUGGUGGAUUGCAGUGCUCGCCCGAUCAGCAAUCUCAGAGAAUGAUGGGGAUAGAGACUUUAUCAGCCGAGGGCGGUUCCACAAGAACCCGAUGCCGAUGGAUGUCGACCUCGGGGAACGGCUGCGAGCAAUAGUGCACUACAGCAAGGUGCUCGUGCUCGACGAUGCCUUCUCGACCUGGCCGGAAGAGUCGGGGUGGAUGAUGGAGGUACAGAGCAGGCUGAAUAUGGUGAGCAUCGAAUGGAUCAACGACGAGGGGGGUUCUAGGCCGGAUGGACCACCCGGUGAUGGCGGGCCGGUAUAUUCGACGGAUGCGUGGCAGUCCGUGGUGGCACACAUAGCCGAACAUACGAAGAAGUAUCUUGGGGGGAAGCAAAGGACGGCGAUAUAUAGGUUGCGAAUGUUGGCUAAUGCGAUGGGGUAG